AUGCCUGUCUCCUCAGCCUCUCUUCAGUCUGUGCCCAACACCCUGCUGGAGAAGCCGUCGCAGCUCCUGAGUGGACCUCAGGACCCUGGCAGCCUCAAGCCGGAUGUCCCCUUGAAGGGCUGGCAGGUCAGAAAUGGCCACCCCAGGGGCCUCAUGGCCCUGCCUUUGGGGCUCCAUCCCCUUGCCCCCCUGCCCUCGCUGGAGUCAGAGGCCAGCAGUGUGGCCCGGGACACCACCCAGAUCAAAGACAAGCUUAAGAAGAGGAGACUCUCAGAGGGCUUGGGAGCAUCGUCCAGAGCCCCUCUGGAUCCUGGGGCAGGCCUCAAAGGGGUUCCCCUGAGGAACGUCAUCCCCCGUGCCACUUCUCAGAGGCUACUGAGGGUGCCCAGGCCGAUGCCCCCCAUCCAGAGCAUCCCCGCCACCCCCGAGGUCGGCGGGGCCAAGGAGAAGGGUCUGGACCCUCCUGGAAGUGGCCAGGGUCCCCAGGAGCUGAGGCCUGGUGCCCAGGAGGUGCAUAUCUCCCCACAAUACCUGCACUGCAAUGAUGAGAAGAUGCAGAAGUCUCUGGGAGGUGCUGUGAUCCCCCCCAUCCCCAAGGCUUCACUGCCUGCUGGGACCUCGUCUCAGGCUUCCAGCUCCCUUCCUAGCCCCUUGCCUCCAGGCCAAGACGUCCUCACUGGCCUCAGGGCCCCACGCUCACGAUUGGUUCGGGACAGUGGGCCUCGGGAGAAGACCCCUAAAUCUCUUGAAGCAAGGCUUUCAGCCCCAGUGGUGAGAGACAGGUCUGCCGCUGCCGAGAAGCCCUCACUGCCUUCCUCUCAGUCUGCUCCCACCUUCACGGCCUUCUCCUUCAGCCAUGCCAGAGACGCCCGCCCUUUGCUAAAAGAAGAGGCCCAGAAGGAGAGUAACAGCAAGAUCCAAGUCACUAUCUCCAAGUCUGCCCAGGAGAAGAUGAGACUGAAGCAGAUGAAGGAGAUGGAGUUGCUUCAGAGGACAAAGGAGCCGGAGAGGGAGCGAGAGCUCGCUGGCCAGAGCCUGGGUUCCCGGAGGGCCUUGAGGGAAGGCCUCCUUCCGCUCCGGGGAAGCGGGACCCAGUCUGUGCCCAUGGGGCUGAGCAGUCCACGAAGAAAUGUCGGCCUCAUCCUGAGGAAGCGGGCCAACCGCUCUUCCCUCCCCAGCAUCCCUGUCAGCAAGAAGGAGCCCAGCUUUGCCCGCCAUGCUUCAGCUAACUCAUUACCUGCGGUGCUCACGUUGGGGUCUCCUGAAUGGGAAGAAGAGGAGGAAGAGAUGGAUCUGAAAGCUUUUAAAGAGUUGAGACCUUUCUCAAACCCAGAGCUGGGAUUGGUGGAUGCCCUCCAGUGCCUCAGCAGCCAUGACUGGCAGAUGAAGGAGAAGGGCCUGGUGAGCAUCCAGCGCCUGGCGGCCUGCCACUCGGAGGUCCUCGCUGGGAGGCUGCACGACGUGUCCUUGGCCGUGACCGGGGAGGUCACCAACCUCCGCUCCAAGGUGUCCCGCCUGGCCAUCAGCACCCUGGGGGACCUCUUCAGGUCCUUGAAGAAGAACAUGGACCAGGAGGCUGAGGAGAUCGCCCGCUGCUUGCUCCAGAAGAUGGGCAACACCAGCGAGUUCAUCCAGCGGGCGGCCAACCGCUCACUGGGGGCCAUGGUGGAGCAUGUGACUCCUGCCCGCUCGCUGGUGGCCCUCACCUCAGCUGGGGUCUACCACCGAAACCCUUUGGUCCGGAAAUGCACUGCUGAGCACCUCUCCACGGUCCUGGAGCAGAUUGGUGCAGAGAAGCUUCUCUCGGGCACCAGGGACAGCACAGACAUGCUGGUGCACAAUCUGGUGAGGCUGGCCCAGGACUCCAACCAGGACACCAGGUUUUAUGGCCGAAAGAUGGUGAAUAUCUUGAUGUCCAACUCCAAAUUUGAUGCCUUUCUGAAGCAGUCUCUGCCAUCCCACGACCUGCGGAAGGUCAUGGCAGCCAUCAAGCAGCGGGGACCAGAAGAUUCUGAUGAACUUCCAUCUGCCAAAGGCCGCAAGGUGUCGAGGAGCCUGGUGGUGUGUGAGAACGGGCUGCCUGCCGAGGGGCUCAGCUUCAGUGGCCCACGGCUGUUGGGGCUGCGCUCUUCCACGCGGGGUGGCGUAGAGAUGGUGGAGCAGCUGCGGGAGCUGAUGCGCCUGCUGGAGGCCAAGGACUACCAGUCUCGGAUGGAAGGUGUGGGGCAGCUGCUUGAGUAUUGCAAGACCAAGCCGGACCUCGUCACCCCCAACCUGGUCCAGGUCUUUGAUGCUUUCACCCCAAGGCUUCAGGAUUCUAACAAGAAAGUGAACCAGUGGGCACUGGAGUCUCUUGCCAAGAUGAUUCCCUUCCUCAAAGAGAACUUACACCCCAUGCUGCUCUCCAUCAUCAUCGCCAUUGCAGACAACCUCAACUCCAAGAACGCGGGGAUUUACAGCGCCGCUGCCAGUGCGCUAGACGCAAUGAUUGAGAACCUGGACAACCUGUGCCUCCUACAAGUGUUUGCUGGGCGCGUGCGUUUCCUGAGUGGCCGUGCGAUGCUCGAUGUCACGGAACGCCUGUCAGCGCUGGUGACCUCAGUUUACCCCCGGAAGCCUCAGGCCGUGGAACGCCAUGUCCUCCCGGUCCUCUGGUACUUCCUGAACAACAUGACCGGGAACGGCGUGCUGCCGGGCCACAGCGGGAACAUGCGGGCGGCUGUGAGCAGGCUGUGCAGGGCCCUCCACGAGCAGAUGGGCUCCCGGCUGCAGGACUUCGCUGCCAGCCAGCCCAAGCACGUCCUCAAAGCGCUCCAGGAGCUCCUCGACAAGGACCCCGUGUGA